AAAAAAAGAUAGGGAAGAACUAGCUAAGGGCAUAAGAUCGAGCUACCAGGAAGCAGGUUAUCUCAUAACUCAAAUACUUUGAAAGCAAUUAAAGAUGGUGAGAGCUCCAUGUUGUGAGAAGAUGGGAUUAAAGAAAGGUCCAUGGACUCCAGAAGAAGACCAGAUUUUGAUUGCUUACAUCCAGAAGUAUGGCCAUGGCAAUUGGAGAGCACUUCCCAAACAAGCUGGUUUGUUAAGAUGUGGGAAGAGUUGCAGACUUCGAUGGACUAAUUACUUGAGACCAGACAUUAAGAGAGGCAACUUCACAAAAGACGAAGAAGACACCAUCAUCAAAUUGCAUGAAAUGCUGGGCAACAGAUGGUCUACAAUCGCUGCAAGAUUACCUGGAAGAACAGAUAAUGAAAUAAAAAAUGUAUGGCAUACCCAUCUCAAGAAGAAGCUCAUGAUCAAACAAAAACAACCCAUCAGCUGCUCUGACACCAAAACCCAACAAACUUUUUCUGAUUCAGAACCCGUGAGCUAUCAAACCAAUCUGAAUCUGAUGAUGAGAUUGGAGAAUCAAGGAUUACUUCCCCCAGUGUCCCCACAACAAACUUCUUCUAGUGACUUAUCUUCCUCCACAAGAACAGAUUCAUCUACUGUAGUGACAACAAGAAGAAGUGAUAACCUCAACAUGGAUUCAUCAGUAACUUUCUCUGAAUUCGAUGAUAGUUUCUGGUCUGAGGCAUUAUCAUCAGCGAAAAAUUCCGGCAUGCCGGAAUUGAAACCGGAACUUCAAUUUCAGUUUUCUCCAGUUUAUAUGUCUGAACCUGUAUGUGGGUAUGGAUUUAGUAAUAACAAAGACAUUGAUUUUUGGUAUGAUCUCUUCAUAAAGUCAGGGGAUUCAUUGUCACUAGACUUGCCGGAGUUCUAAUUAGAGGACUGACUUGGAAGAAUGAAGAUUGG